GACAGUGACGACGAUGUUGAUGAGGAUAGAAAGGAACAAAUUUCUCAUUGAUUUUUUGAGUUGGGAAGUGGCAACCACACUUCAAGUGGUGGUGCUCGUACAUCUCUUUGUUGGACUGCAUGAAUGUGCAGGGAACACAAAAAAACAGAUGUACAAUCAAUCCUGGUGACAGUGCUCUCUGUUUGGAUGAAAGGAACAACCAUAUGACCGUGUCCUAGCAAAAGCUGAAUAACAAGUGAAAAAAGCUGGAACCUCAAGCAAAGUUUGCAUCAGUAGAGAAUUUAUAAAUUCUUCCUUUGUGUGAAAUCACCAUACUGUAAGAAUGUUCACUUACGUUUCCGAAUAAGAACUUCAAGGGAAGUGAAUAGUUCUAUAUGAGCAAUCUUUGCUUAGUCUAAUCUCAAUAUUGGAAACAAAUUUAGGUAGCUGAGCUGAUAUAUGGGCAAGAUACUAAACUCAUGAUCACUUGCUUUAUUGCUUCCCUCAAUUCAUGAGCAUGGAUCUAUAUGCUGGUCCAACAACUAUAAAGCCUGUCAUGAAUAACAUACCUUAGCAAUAGGUUCAGCCUACAAAUUAACAAUGUUGGUUCUAUAUGUAUGUUUGGAAUUCUAUUUAGGGCUUUAUGUUCCUAAAUGAUUUGUAUCACUGUGGUUCAGUACUAUCAAUAUGCAUUGUGAAUUGUGAUGUUUUGCUGCUAUUUUGCUAUACAGGUGAAGGAGCAAAUAAGUUAGCUGCACCAUGUUGUCAACUUGUAUUUUAGAAAUUUUCUCUUUAUUAUUUUAGCAAUUCCAUGACGCAGCUGAUAUUCUAUUUGUCUUACAUCAUUUACCUUUUCUACACUCCCUAAGCUGAUAUUCUAGCUGGAAGGCAAGCAGAUGCCCCUCAGGAAGCUCUUCAAGUGCUUGACAUUGUACUACGUGAAUUGCCUACCGCGAGGUAUUCUCCUGUUGGUAGGUCAUUUUACUCUCCCAACUUAGGGAGACGUCAAAAACUUGGUGAGGGAUUAGAAAGUUGGCGUGGUUUUUACCAAAGCAUAAGGCCGACACAGAUGGGCCUUUCACUGAAUAUUGAUAUGUCCUCUACUGCAUUUAUCGAGCCUCUCCCUGUGAUUGAUUUUGUUGCUCAGCUUCUUAACAGAGAUAUCUCAGUUAGACCAUUAUCUGAUUCUGAUCGCGUGAAGAUUAAAAAAGCCCUAAGAGGUGUGAAGGUUGAGGUGACUGGAAACAUGCGCAGAAAAUAUCACAUUUCUGGCCUCACCUCACAAGCAACAAGAGAGCUAUCAUUCCCUGUUGAUGAUCGUGGUACUGUGAAGACUGUGGUGCAAUACUUCAUGGAGACUUAUGGUUUUAGUAUCCAGCACACCACUUUACCAUGCUUGCAAGUGGGCAAUCAACAAAGACCAAAUUAUCUGCCUAUGGAGGUUUGCAAGAUAGUUGAAGGACAGCAUUACUCAAAGAGACUCAAUGAGAAACAAAUCACUGCUCUACUGAAAGUGACCUGCCAGCGCCCUCAAGAGCGUGAGCUGGACAUCUUACAGGAUUCCGGCUCUCAUCAAGUGACUCCUCCCCCUCACGAUGACUUUGCGGACAAAUGUCUCCAUUCUAGUGGUGGAGCUAUGAACAACAAUCCGAUGUCCUGAUCGAGAGCGAUGGAGCUAAUGUUUGAACUUGUGAACUAAAAAUGUGAACUAUGGAUGUGAACUUAUGUAAAUUUGUGAACUUAUGCAUUUGGACUUAUGUGAAUUUGUGAACUUAUGUAUUUGGACUUGUGUGAAUUUGUGAUAUGAACAUAUAUCCAUGUGUUUGAAAUCUGUAUUGUAUGUGAUAUUCUGUGUUGCAUGUGAU